CUAAAUGUCUCCCUAGCUGCAGCCUUGUCUUCGUGGUUUUAACUAUCAGUCGUUAGUGCUGUAUUAAACAGUGUCGCUACAUUCAGAGUUAGAAACACUGUCAGAGUGUCUCAGAAUAAAACAAACAUCAACAUGGAGUCAGAAAACGGCGCUACAGAGUGAUACGAGAGGAGCAGAGUGUGCUAACGGAGCUAACCUGGAAGCUAACUGGCAACUGUAACCGAGCAGCGGACACAUGGAGCAGUUCAACCCGCCGUCACCGCUGAUACUUACCGGUAACCUGGCUGAAAACUGGCGCAGAUGGGAGCGGCGUUUUGGGCUGUAUAUAGUGUCCUCUGGAGCAAAUGAAGAGGAGGAGGAUGUGAAAAAAGCCAUUCUUCUUCACUCCAUAGGCGAGGAUGCUCUAGAAGUGUUCAAUACGCUGACAGUCAGCUCAGCAGGUAAAAGUGCGACGAUGGAGGAUAUUCUGAAAGCUUUUCAGGACUACUGCAGCCCGCUGAACAAAGACAUUCAGCAGGUGGUGGUAAAAGAAGAGUUUCUCCCUGAGUGUCAGGAAUGGGGCUCCAGUUUGAAACAGGAGGAACCACCAGAACCAGCACAGAUUAAAGAGGAACAGGAGGAACUGUGGGGCAGUCAGGAGCUUCAAGCACCAGAGGAGGAUUUCAUCAUGUUCACAUUCAACCCUGCUCUUGUGAAGAGUGAAAAAAAUGAUGAAGAGAAACUUGAGUCGUCAUUUCAUGAAAAGCAGAGUGAGGAGAACAGAGAUACAGAGCAUUUGAAAACAGAAUCUGAUGGAGAGGACUGGGGAGGAUCAGAGACGGACAGGGAAUCUAAUGCAGACCAUCAUUCACAGCCAGUUACUUCUGAUGAGAGGUCAGAUCUUUCUGGAUCUGAUACUGAUGACAGUGCUAAUUGGGAGGAAAGUGAAGAGCCUCAGGAAGGUUUAGCUGCCCUGGAAACGAAAGACAGAGUUGCAAAUGAUAUGAAAUAUAACAAUGGGAACACAUUAGUAAGCUCCUCUGAAUGUGGUCAAAGCUCUGGCCAGAAGAAACGACAUACAAAACAAAAAGGAACCCACACAAGAGAGAAACUAUUCCGUUGCUCAGUUUGUGGUAAUAGAUACCCUAGUAAGAAAAAUUUAAGGGAACACAUGUUACGUCAUUCAGGUGUAAAACGUUUCAGCUGCUCAAUUUGUCAGAAAAGUUUUAUCUGGAAAAAAGAGAUGGUGACACACAUGAGAGUCCACACAGGGGAGAAACCUGUCGCUUGUUCAGUUUGUGGUAAGAGAUUCAAACAACAUGGAGCCCUAAAGAGUCAUUCUGCUACCCACACAGGGGAGAAACCGUUCAGUUGUUCAGUUUGUGGUAAAAGUUUUGCUCAUCAUGGAAAUCUGAGGGCGCAUGCAGUUGUCCACACCGGAGAGAAACUGUUUAGUUGUUCAGUUUGUGGUAAAACUUUUUCUCAAAGUGGAAGUUUGAGAAGACACUCUAAUGUCCACACAGGGGAGAAACUUUUUAGCUGUUCAGUUUGUGGUAAAAGUUUUUCUCAACAUGUAAAUCUGAGAAGACAUGCUACUAUCCACACGGGUGAGAAACUAUUUAGCUGUUCAAUUUGUGGAAAAAGUUUUUCUCGACAAGGAAAUCUGAGUCGACACUCUGUUGUCCACAAGGGAGAAACCAUAUCUCUCUCUCCCUCUUGACUUUACUCUUUCGUGAAAAUGACCUAUAACCUCUAAAUGUCUGAAACAUGAAGACAACAGUUUUGUGUCUCUUGUCUUAGAAGUUUUAAUGCCGUUUGUUUUGGAAUAAGUGCAUGAACAAGGUCAAAACAAUUAAAAGAAAAACAAUUGUUCACAAAAAAUUAUUUUAACAUUAAGUUAGAGUGAAGACCGUUAAAAAUUUCCUGUUUGUCUUUACUCAAUCAGUCGACUAAAUGGUAAAUCAAUCAAUAUUUAUUUAUUUGUAUAGUGCUAGUUCAGCCAUCAGCUGAUGAAGGUGUGAGGGAAUUGAGGCAGAUUCCCAGGACUGCAGUAUUUCUUGAAACCCCAGCUUGAAUAAAUCUUAUGUGGGGUUUCCAGUAGAUUCUCUUGUCUUGCAUUGCACCUUGUAAUUUAUUUCCAAAGACUCUUACAAUGCUAUCAUAAUCAUUUUUACUUGUGUCUGUGUAAGAAUUUUCAAACACCAUUAACUAUGUUUUAUUUUGAUUUUAAGAUUAUUUGCUCAAGUAUAACCAUAACUUUAACUGAGUAAUUUCUGCUGGAUCAUCUCUGAAGCUACUGCUAAUUUUCCUCAGGAACAAUCAAAUGUGUAUCAUCUGCAAAUAAAAUACAUUUUACUAUUUUUGAUACCUGAAAAUACCAGUUGUAUAAAGUGUGAACAAUCUAGACCAAUUAUUAACCUCUGAGAAACUUCACAUGUAUACAGAUAUGUAUUCACCUGUCCAUACAAACGUUCUGUCACAUUCAUUACAGGCUUAUCAGAGCAACA